AUGUCGUUCAUUGUUCAUAAUCGGAGGGGCAGCAAAAAACAUUUUCAGGCGGAUCCUCUUCUGAUGCCCAAAGUCCCGCGCAUCAAUUACUUGCACCUUCAGGAAGAGAAACAAAGGCUACAGCUCAAGAAGUUUCUCCUUCACAGGAUGUUUCUAGUGGGCCACUUGCAAGAAAACGUCGAGAAAAAGGACAUUUCUGAAUACUACGAGCAACUGUUUCAGUCCAUUCUGAAACAUCACCUAGGAGAAACGGUGACAGGAUUGUUACUCAUGUACCCAAGCACUUUUCUGCAUAUCCUUGAGACCUCCAAUGGCACACUCUUCCGAAUUCUUUUAGAUUAUGUGGCCCAUGAAAAAAGUGAAACAGAAUUUAUGAUCAAAAACGUGAAAAUUAUUGUUGCUUCUCAUAACAUCCCCACGAGGCUGUUCAUGCAGUGGCAUGUCUCUGUCAUCAAAGUCCCGGUUAUGUAUUUAGAUGAUGUGACACAGUCUCAAUCUGUAGCAGAAGUCACCACUGAUUUUCUCACCAUGACCCACAAACUGGCACUCCACCUUUUUAAGACAGUGAAAGUGGGCACUAAAGGGCCAAGUGACAAUUUACACCAAGUUGCCCCUGACCUCCUCCUCCCAGAACAAACCAUCAAGUACUUAUGCACAGCUGAGGAAUUCAUGGACCCAGCAACAUUCUUAAACAUGUACAACAGACCCAUACAUGUUACUCUGGAUUCUGAGAUUGUGUGGCCAGCUCCUUCCCGUUUCUAGGAUGGGAGAGAUGAUGCAAACCCAUGAAGAUUUUGUACUACUUUAAAAAU